AUGCCUUUCCUCCAUGGAUUCAGAAGGAUCAUCUACGAGUACCAGCCACUUGUGGAUGCAGUCAUGAGCGCAGUGGGAGUCAAGGAAGGAAAUGGGAAUCAAGCAGAGAGAUUAUGGAGUCCUGAAGAGGAGAGCCGUGUUUGUGCUGCACUAGUGGAGUUACUGGAGCGGGAGUCACACUCUGAAGUGUUUAAUGAAGGCAUCAGUUAUGCUCUCUUCAAAAUGGCAGAGCACGGCCUAAUAUAUGCAGCAGAAAUUCUACUACGAUAUGGAGCUAAUCCAAACUUUGAAGACCCUGUGUCAUACUACACCCCACUACACAUAACUGUUUUAAGAAACAAGCCAGGCAUGGUGAAGCUGCUUGUUGCACAUGGAGCAGACAUUGAAAAAAGGGACAGGAUCCACGAGAGUAGCCCCUUAGAUUUGGCAAGUGAAGAAUCUGAGAGACUGUCCUGUUUGCUUACAUUGAUGGAUUUGAGCGCUGAUGUCAAUGCAAAAGACAAACACGGAAAAACACCUCUACUUCACGCAUUGGCGAGUAGUGAUGGACUCACUGUGAACAACACAGAGAGUAUAAAGCUUCUACUUCAGAGAGGUGCUGAUGUCAAAGCAUGUACAGUUGACGGUGAAAGUGUUGAAUCCGCAGUGGUUUUCUUGGUAAAAGAAGCAAUGGACUCCAGUGCAGAAGAUGCAGCUGAAAUUGGCAGAUUUUGCUUAAAGACCACUGAACUGCUCAUGGCCCACGGAGUAAACCCCAGCCUCUGUCUGAAUGAAGAGGGAGACGCGUCUCUCACUCAGACCAGCCUGGACUUCUUUGACUUGCUCUUCCCUCUGGCCACACUCAUUCUUCAGAGUGGACCGUCUUUACAGUGCACGCAUCACGGAGACGAGUCCGCACUGAUUGUGGGGGGGUUCCUGAAGGCAGGGGUGGGGUUUGUCCCGUCGGGUUCUUUGUAUCUUUCCUUUGGAAUUGUGCCGGUAGCUGCUGUUUGGGGUGAUGAGCGCUGCACUUGUCCCUAG